AUGGAGGCCCCGGAGGGGUCAAAGGCCCGAGGGGGGCCGGAGGCCCCCGAGGGGACCCAGGCGCCGGGGGGCGGACAGGCCGUCCCCCACAUCAUCGUGGAUGACGAGGACAGCGCCCCUCAUGAGGGUUCAGCCCCCGUGGGUCCUCAAGAGGGGGAGAAGGCGUCUGGAGCCGAAUCCGAGGUGCCCCCUCAACCGGUGGCGCCAGAGGGUCUGGCUGAGCCCUCCCCAGCGUCCGGGGCGGGAACCGGUGCCUCGGUGGAGGCGUCGCAGGCUGAGACCACCGUGGUGUCCCCCGCGCCGUCGGGUCUGGAAUCGUGCGGGCGCGCCAGCGUCGAGGCCAUCAACCGAGCUUCUCAGCUCGUGGCCCGAGACAUGUUCAAUUUGGCCCAGGCGCUCAAGGCAACGUCCCUGGAGAAGUCAGUUUUUCUUCGCCGGGAAAGGGAUGCCUGGGCGUCUUUCGAGAACGAGAGGGCUGCCAGGGAGGCGGCUCAGGGGGAGCUUGCGAGGGAGUGCGAGAUCUCCGCCGAGCUUCGGCAGAAGUGCUCGGCCCUGGCAUCAGAGGCUCGGGAGGCCCGGGAAAAGGUCGCCCCCCUAGAGAAGAGGGUCGGAGACCUUACCCAGGAAUCCGAGGAGCAGAAGGCGGCGGCCGAGGGGUAUAAGGGUGAGGUUGCUCGGCUUGAAGCUUUGCUCGCCGAAAAAGACCUUGCCCUGAACCAAACUCAGGCUGACCUUGCUGCGGCUCUGAGCCAGGUGGCCCGCUGGCACCAUAGCUCGGCGGAGCACGAGAAGCGAGCUGAGGAAUUGGAGAGGAAGGUGGUCGAGACGACUUCUACUACCGAGGCCCUGCAAAAGUCCCUUGACGCCGAGGCUUCGGACCGCUCGGCUCUUGAAGCCGGCUACGUUCUCCCUGAUGACGAAACGGAGGCCCAGGAGGAGGUGCAGAGGCUUGAAGAUGCCGCGGCUGUCCCUGGAGAUGCCUUGGCCGCCUUCUUCGACGAUGAGGUGGAGCUUCCCCCCCCCCUCGGGGUUCAAGGACCUGGGCAGACAGGGCAGCAGGACCCUUAG